AUACAAUCGACAUAAGAACCGGCCCCCCAACCAAAAAUGACUUUCUGGACGUUCCCAUGUGACACUUUCACCUUUACACCGUCGGUGACGGAACAAGACGCGCGGCAACCCCCACGCAAUCCACCCUAUUUCUGCGCACCGCGGGCCAAUGUUUCAGUCACAAAAGCACCUAAAGCCGGCCCGACAGUUUACCUCUCUAAGCAAACAGCCGAUGUCCAAGAAGAUCGUAUUGGAACUUCCUGGCGUGAGGAAGGGUGGAUCCUUCGGCUAUGGCGGCGCCGGUCAACCCUCCUCCAUUUCGAAUAUCAACUUUCCUGCGCGACACACUACUUUUUCCGAUGCAAGUCUAUACAUUAUGACAAGAGUAAGACGCCCGAUAUUGCACACGAUCUAUCGAUACUUUGGACGCGUAGAACACCACAUCUUCCAUUCUCGCCAACAUCUCUGCUGCGAAGCAGCGAAGCAGGACAAGUCCUGGGAGGAGACCACUAGCCGCGAGAAAAAAGCCGUGCGAGACAUACGCAUCGUCUUGGAAGCAGCAAGCGUACAGCAUGCGGCCCGUCACCGCAAGCAUCUGACGGUGCAAGAUAUAGACCUGGAUAUUUUGAGCGAGCCCACGGACGAGCAGUGGAAGGACGUUCACAAUUCGAUUCUCGUCGACACUUUCAUCAUGAUCCGCAAGGCUCUACGCGUGGAGUAUCCGUGGAGUAAAAGCCGUCUGAGACGUCAGCACCUGCUAUCUUGGAUGUCGGGGGGUUUCCUGGGCAACUGAUGCGCGCUUCUUCGCGAACCGUCAUUAAAACCAAGCGGCGCAUAGCGUCAUCAAUCGAACGUUCGACGGUAGCGGUGGGACGAUGGCCGGGACUACCUUUCGAGACACCUCGCACGAACAUUUGAGUAUCACGCGA